AUGACCUCAGCGUCCAAAGUCAAAUCGCUCGAUCAUCUGGUCCUGACGGUCAAGGAUAUCGACGCCACCAUCCAAUUCUACCAGGAUGUCUGCGGCAUGGAGCACACCUCGUUCGCUGCCGAAACCGAUCCCAGUAUUAUUCGGCAUGCACUGAAGUUUGGCACUCAGAAAAUCAACCUGCACGAAUGUGGAAAAGAGUUCGAACCCAAGGCGGAGCACGUCCAGCCAGGAACUGGUGACCUGUGCUUUCUGGUGGAGGAGGAUGUUGCAGUGGUCCUGGGACGGCUCAAGGAAAAAAACAUCACGGUCCUGGAAGGCGCCCAGGUGGUGGAGAGGGCUGGAGCCCAGGGAAAGCUGCGGAGCGUUUACAUCAGGGAUCCUGAUGGCAAUUUGAUCGAGUGA